GAGCUAAGGUCACGGGAUAGCCUUCUCUUCCGGGUAAGAAGGGUGGCGUGGUGAAUAGAAAUUGAAUUAAGCGGUAACAUUCCGGAGAAUACGCCAUACUGGCUGUUUUAAUUUACAAGAUUUACACUUGAGAAGAACAUCAUAACUGUUUUGAUACAAUUAAUAUGUUCAGCCCAGCAUAACUUGUUAAUUCUUAUUCAAAAGAUACUUGCAAAAUAUCACAAGGUUCAAAAUGAGUACUUCUGGAGCCAAGUCUAAAGAACAGUUCUGUAAGAUUUGCAAGAUAACAUGUAACACUGUUUCUCAACUUCAGUUCCAUGUGAUGGGUGCCAAACACAGAAAGAAAGAAGAGGAACUUGGUUUGACUGCGAAUAAGAAAAUAAUUCGCACAGGUAAAAAAUCGAAGAGCCUCCAACAGUAUUUUAAAAAUUCAUCACUUGGAGAACCAGUAGUUGGUCUCCAGUAUGUUGUCGAGUACCGUAGCCGUAAUGAACUAAUUCCUGACAAAUACCUUUGUAAAUUGUGUGACGUUCGAUCGGGGCAGGUUGGAAUGAUAUCCCACAUUACUGGUUGGAAACAUUGCUUUAAUUAUUUGAAAAAGAAACAUCCAGAAAUGCUUCCAUUAGAUAAUACAAAUGUCAAAGUGAAAUUGCAUCCUCUUAUAAAGGAAAAGGCUCAGCUUGUAGAAAAAAAGGAUGGAAAAGGUAAAGUCCAGGUGGUGAUAGAAGACACUGAGGCUGAGAAAGCAUCUACAGCUGCAAAGUCUGACCGCAUUGAUCCUCAUAUGUCAGUAAGAAGAUCACAUAUGGAUAUGCCCUUGAAUAUGGGGGAGUUUGAAGCCCCUUUCCAAGGUAGAGGAUUUCCCAAAGAAGUUGUGUAUGGCCAGCCCUUCGACACUUUCUCAAGUGGACAGUCCAUUGACCGUUUUCCAGGAGACAGAUUUUCCGAUUUAUCAAGUAACAGAUUCCACGAUGAUGAACAUGACAGAGUAGGCAGACUGGAUUUUGAUGCCAGACGUUUAGGAGUUGGAAGUACACUGGUUGGGACCUCUGGGCCAGAUUGCACGCAGGAUAUGUUUUCUGGACCCUCUGAAGCAUCAUUUGAAAGUUCAACACUGUUUGAGUGUCUGGAAAACUUUCGCAUACAGAAUGAGAGAGAUGCUCAAAUUGUUCUUAGAGUCACACAGAAACUUACUGACAUACUAAUGGAAUACAGACUCCGAACAAUGUCUGAACCUUCUGCCAAUGAAUAUUUUUCUGACCAUGAGGAGUACCCCCCUUCGAGGAGGAGGAGGACUGAUGACGGCUUUAGAGGUUCAAGAUAUUCAGAUAAUCUCUCACCUAUUUCUGAUGUCCAGCAGCGAUUUCGUGGAAGAGACACCUGGGACUGAGCUUUUCAAAUGUAAAAGAUGAUGCAUUUCAGCUUAGUACUGCAAAGUAUUUUAUCAUUACAUAUUAAAGCAUCAAAGUUGUGUUUUGCAAUGCUUAUACCUGUAUAAAGUUUUCAUCUCCUUGGAAGUUUUCACGUUUCAUUAUUAUACAACUUUUAAUGAAAGUGCAUUUCAUUUUACAUUUUUGACAUUGAUCAACAAAAAAAUUUAAAUGUCAAAGUGAUCUGAAUUAAGCACAAAUAUAAAACACAUGAUAAUGAAUUGCAUAGGUGUUUACCUAUUUCAGUCAGUAGAUGCACCUUUUGCAACAAUUUCAGCCUUCAGCCUAUGUGCACAGGUCUUUGUCAGCUUUGCACAGGUGGACACACUGCACUUCUUUUCAAAACUGCUGAGGACCUUUAGGUUGCAUGGAAAUUGUGAGUGAACAGCCUUUGUCAAGUCCAGCCACAACUUAUUUGAAUUGCAAUCGGGACUGUGACUUGGCCAUGCUUAAAAACAGGAGAAUACAUAUGUCAAAAAAAUCUGAUUUAUAAAACCUGCUGUACACUUUAUAAAUCACAAUUAUUUUGUAAAUGGGGAUAAAUGGAUGUGCCUUGAACUGUGACCAGUUGCUGCCCGGAAGCAGUCAUAUAGGCACUAUACUAAUUAAACUCUUUCAUAUAUAAUGAACAGGUUUACCUCCUAAGGUGAGACAAUAGUGACAAUAGAAGAGAGACAAAAAGCAAAAAAAUUGAAGACUGCGUGAUAGAAAGGCGUAUCUCUGAAAUAGAGGUAUGCAAAGAGCCUCUAUUUUGUGACAAGUGCGAAUAUGUUGAAUGGCAAUGUGCCAUUAUCACCAAUAAUUUGGUGAGCUCUAUCAGACUUAUGCCUAAAAUAAAAAAAAAAAAAAAAAUGGUGUGACCUCAAAGUAGAGGGGAAGAUGUGGAUUGCUUAUCAUGUUGUGAGUGCAACAGGAGGAGGUGGAAAAGCACACCAACGCUUCCUGAUUUCAGUCUGCAAAUGGCACUUGCAAUUGGAGAUGCCUUAUUAUGCGAUAUGUUAGAGCAGUCUGCAGAUACAGAUGUGGCAGAUCAGACAGCUGCAGAGGGAUCCGAUUAAACAAUGUAUGCUUGUGAGUGAAAUAACCAUGCUAGUGCAAUAUACUGUAUACAUUUGUCAGUAGAUGGGUAGAGAGCUGUGUCUUCUGGCUCCAUAUCAAUGAUGUCAGGGCAUGGAAAAUUAUGAUGCUGUGCCAGUUUAUGUUGAACAAUGCAUGCAAUCAUGAUGUUGCAGACCACCUUUGAGUGAUAGAGCAGUGUCCCACCUGGUGCAUCCAGACACCUCCAACUGCAUUUCAGGAGUCCUAUGGUGUGUUACACAACAGCAUACAUGGCAUUGUAGUGUUUCUUUAUGCUCUUGGCAUCGUGGAAAGGCAUAAGGAGCCAGAGUCUGAUUGGGGUAGCCAGUAUCAUUUGGUACAUGGAAUGACAUGAUGGCUACUACAAUGAAUAUAAAACCAUAUAAAACACUGUGGGUUUAGCUAGUUACUUUACUCACAAGCCAGCCAUCGGACAAUUCAUCUUUUUCACAAAAUAAAGGAUUAUUGGAAUGACUCGGGUAACUAACCCUUGACAUUUUUCAGCCUCAUCUUUGCAUCACAGAUGACUUAUACGUUACUGGAAUGUAACUGCUUAUGGCUAACAAAAGCAGCUUCAGUCAUGCUAGGUGCUCUAAUUGCAAAAUGAGUGUAUUCAAUUGUUUUAGUUACACUUCUGUAUAUUGCCUUUUUAUGCACACCACGUAGAAACUGAUGUGGAACUCUCAUUAUUAUUAUACUGUAGAUGGUUUGCUCCCAGCAAAAUUGCAUGAUGGUGUUAAAGCUUGGCCAAGAUAUUCCUGCCCUGUCAGCCAGUUCCCUCUAUUAGGUUCCUGUUGCCAGAAAACCAACCAUUGUUAUAACCCGCAUAUGAACGGGUGUUUGCUGAUUUAAAACUGUGUGUCUUUCUAAUAAUGGGCCCAAUUUAGCACAUGGUGCCAAACGACUGGUUCUCAGAAAAACUAAAUCGGCUCAUAAGCCAGUCACCAUAAUGGACCAAAAAAACAAA